AUGAGGAUCCUUAUUGGAAGCCUUCAUUUCUACUUAAUUUCUUUCUUAUUCAGUAGAGCAAGGGGCUUCGUAACUUUGAGAACACCUACAGCCUAUGCCCUCCCAUUUUAUAACUACUCCUAUUUAAACCUCUCUUCAGUAUCAGAAGCACAGGCUCCGAACACAGCAAAAGCUCUCAACUUCUCACAUAACCUAAUUGAAAAAAUAACCAGGAGAGACUUUGAAGGUUUUGAUGUGCUGCAAGUGUUAGACCUUUCCUACAAUCAGAUUAAGGACAUUGAAGCUGGAGUGUUUGAGAGCCUGCUCAGCCUUGUUUCUGUGAAUUUAUCAUUCAACGAUAAGAAUCUUCUUGUAUCGGGUCUCCCACCUCACCUGAAGUUCUUGCCCACUAGCAAAGUCUCAGGGUCUUUGAUUUACAAGUUUUUUGACAAAAACUCAGAGGUUGCUCUGGAGCCUUCUGCAUACACUGAGGAGCUGCCACACUCAGGAGGUCCAUCUGUCCUGCAAAAAGUUCAUCGGAGGCUCAGGCGAGGAACAGAGAAUCUUCUUCGAAGAGGAGAGGAAAAUGUCACAGUCUCUCCUCCAACAGCCACGCCAAGGCCUGAUUUCUGCGGAGCACCAAUAAAUGGGAUACUUGAUCUGUCCCACAGCCAACUCUCUGAGGAUGAACUGAUGCUAAAACUGGAUGAGGAUCUCUGCCAAGCUCAGCUGGAGAGUAUUCUGGAGCUUGACAUUAGUCACAGUGACCUGAAAAUGGAUCUUCUGUCGCUGUUUGUGCUGUUUUUGCCCAUGAAAAAUGUGUGGUCUAUUGAUGCCAGUUACAACAAAUUAACAAUUAACAUUCUAGACGUUGAGAGCAUCUGCAAGUUCCCAUUCAACAAGCUGCUGUUUUUAAAUAUUAGCAACAAUCCCAUAAACAGCCUGGAUACGCUGUGUCUUCCUUCAAGCAUCAAGGUAAUCGAUUUGUCCUUCACCAACAUAAGUCAAAUACCCCGAAAUUUUGCUAACAAAAUGAUUAACUUGCAACACAUGUAUGUUCAAGGAAAUCACUUCAUAUAUACUGUACAUCCAGAAGCCACUAAUGCUGUUCCAACCCUUCCCCCUGGAACUAUACAUAUUAACGCCAUUUCAUUUGUCAGAAACGAAGCUGGUACACCCAUUGAGAGCCUUCCCAGGAAAGUGAAACACCUGAAAUUGUCCAACUGCUCCAUUGUAGAACUGCCAGAGUGGUUUGCUGACACAAUGAAAGAAUUAUUAUUUUUGGAUCUCAGUAGCAACCGGAUUUCUGUGCUUCCUGUCUUACCUGCCUCUCUGCAGCACCUCGACAUAAGCAACAGCGACAUUAAAAUAAUACCCCCCAGUCUUAAAUCUGUCUCCAACUUAACAAUAUUUAAUAUUCAAAAUAAUAAAAUUACAGAUUUGCAUCCUGAGAAUUUCCCAUUGGCUUUAACAAAAUGCGAUAUUAGUAAAAACAAGUUGAACAUGUUGUCGUUAACUGAGGCCUUGGAGAAACUCCAGCAUCUCAAUGUUUCUGGAAACCUGAUCACCAGACUGGAACCCACCAGCCACCUUCCUGCGCUUGCUAACCUGGACAGCAGUCGCAACCAGAUCUCAGAACUCCCCGAUUACUUUGGCAAAUCUCUUCCAAUGCUGAAAUACUUUAAUUUAUCAGGGAAUAAGAUCUCCUUUCUGCAACGUGGCUCUCUUCCAGCUUCUCUGAUCGAGUUAGACAUCAGUGACAAUGCCAUCACUACCAUAGUGGAGGACACUUUUGGCCAGUUAACUAGUUUGAGUGUGCUGAGUGUCCACGGUAAACAUUUUUUUUGUAACUGUGACUUGUACUGGUUUGUGAAUGUCUACAUCCACAACCCCCAGCUGCAGAUAAACGGCAGAGGACAUCUCAGGUGCAGCUUCCCACCGGACAGAAGGGGCUCACUGGUGGAGAGCAGCGACCUCUCGCUCCUGCGCUGCUCCCUGGGUGUCCAGAUGGCCAUCACGACUUGUGUCACCUUCCUGGUGGUGCUGGUGCUCACGGGCUUGUGCUGGCGCUUCGACGGGCUCUGGUACGUGCGGAUGGGCUGGUACUGGUGCAUGGCCAAGAGAAGGCAGUAUGAGAAAAGGCCAGAAAACAAGCCCUUCGAUGCCUUCGUUUCAUACAGUGAACAAGAUGCAAACUGGACGAAAAAUAAUCUACUGGCAAAACUGGAAACCAAUGGGUUCAAGAUAUGUUACCACGAGAGGGAUUUCAAGCCAGGGCAUCCCAUACUUGGCAACAUUUUUUACUGCAUAGAGAACAGCCAUAAAGUCCUUUUUGUUCUCUCUCCCAGUUUUGUAAACAGCUGCUGGUGUCAGUAUGAACUAUACUUUGCUGAACACCGGGUCCUGAAUGAAAACCAGGAUUCCCUCAUCAUGAUUGUGCUGGAAGACCUCCCACCCAAUAGCGUGCCGCAGAAGUUCAGCAAACUCAGGAAACUGCUGAAAAGAAAAACCUACUUAAAGUGGAGCCCUGAGGAACACAAACAGAAAAUGUUCUGGCACCAGCUGGCAGCCGUCCUAAGAACAACCAACGAAACACUUGUGAACACAGAAAAUGGAUGUGCUCAGGGUACGUAUGAGAUGGAAUGA